GGCGCUUGCGUACCGAGACUCUCUCGCGCGGGAGAGAACGAACGUACAAACAAUGGUGUUGAUAGUGACAGCUGUUUUAAUGUCACUACUUUGGAAACAUCUACGGAAUUAACCAUUAACCAUACCAUUCAGGAAGCCAGAUUGCAAGUAAAGGUGAUAUUGAAUCCCAGCUGACAGUAUGGCGGACAAUUUCAGCCAGUCCCUCACCCCACCAGUGUCCCCCUUUGCGUCAGACAAUCCGUGUGAGCUUACUUCUGCCCAUCCACCUUAUUUUUGCUGCUCUGAAACAAGAGAUGACUCUGGUGGACAGCUGUCUCCUGAAGGAUACACUGCUAGAGGCUCACUAAAGCGUCUACUGUUGCAUCUUGACCCAGCCCCUACAGAGUAUGAGACAGACACAGUGGAGAUUUUUGGCUUCCCUUGGGUAACAGAGACAGCCCUAGUGGACUCCACCAAGGUUCUUUUUGGUCUUUUCAGGCAGAAGGUCUACAGACUCGAGACCAUGGUGCAGUCCGGUUCAAAUGACUUUGGUCAAGCUGCUAACCUCCAUUAUGAAGCGGAAGACCUCAGACAACAAUGUGUUUCAUUUCUUCAGUAUGUCAAAGUCUUCGUGUACAGACACCUUGAACCUUGCAGCUCAUUGGAUUCAUCUCAGUCUCACCCUUAUGAGAAACUUGAAGUUCAGUUCCCCUCUGCUCUUGUGGAAGAGUUGUUUAGCGUCACACUCCUCACAGGACGACUCAAAGACCUGCCUGCCAACGUCCACAGCGCCUUUAAUAUACGGAACCAAGGAAAGAUCUUUCCUCCCUCAUGGCAUCUGUUGCACCUUCAUCUUGACAUCCACUGGUCAGUCUUGGAGAUUCUUUAUCUACUUGGUUUCAAGAUGCAGGGUCAGGUAGUGUACGCCCACCAGUUUGUGAACUUGACAGGAGAGAACCUGACUGAGGCCAGUCUCUUUGAAGAACACCUCAGCAGUUUGUUGUGUGAUCUCACUGCUCUUGCCAUGAACAAAUACAGCAAGGUGAGACCCACAGAGGCACUGAGCAGCCAUCACUACCUCUGCUCCUGCACCAAAGAACUUUGGGUUCUGCUCAUGCACCUAGUGGAGCAUAGAAACAAAGUUCUACACACCGAGUCUUUUUGGAGCUACAUGAACAUGUUGCUGAAACCUCUGGUCACCAACAAACCUCCAUCAGAACAAGUCACUGACCUCCCCACUCACUGUAAAGAUCCUGUGGGAUUCACAUGGUGGAUGGUCACCCAUUUAGCCAUGAUAGGCCAGUACAGUCAUAAUGGCAUGAUACAGAACGGGCAGAAACAACUUGGCGACAACUGGGCCUUUGUGCAAGGGUUGCUUAGGGUGACCUGUCGUCCUGAGCCGGGCCUAGCAGAGGAGCAGGUCAGAAUGCAUGUCUACUGCUGCCUCACUCUCUGUCUGCUGUGGGAGCCGAGCACCAGCGCCGUCUCCAUUCUGUGGGACUACUACAGCAAGAAUCUGAAUGGCUCCUUCACUGUCCCCUGGCUUGGGAUGGCAGGUCUGGGGACUGUGUGCAAGACACCACUGGCUCUGUUAGAGCAGGCCCGCAGCUGCUGCUCCCCCCCUACGCUCUACUCCCCAGGACACACCCAGCUGUACCGCUCAGCCAACUCCUUCCACAUCUUCCUUCAAGUGUUGGCCCUGUGCCUUGGCCAGGACAGGGCUGGUGGAGCCCCACAGAGACAGAUCAAAGGAAGGAUUUACUCCAGGUUCUCCUCAAAGAAGAUGCAGGAGUUGACAGAGACCGGCCUCACAAACUUUCUGCUGCUGUUUCUGGUGGUGGCCAAACAGAUUGAGCUUGAAGAUGUUGCCAGCAGAGCCUGUGCACUGCUGGGCUGCCUUCCAUCCAACUGCCCUCCUGGUCGCCGUACACUUGUCUGGAGAGGACAGCUAUCACUGCUGUUGCUGUUCCAGGAGAGGGGUUUAGAUGUUGGUGCCCAGGCGAGCUGGCUGGCAAACUCCUUCAAUGAAACAUCCAAAGAGUUCUAUGACAAAACCACUGAAGUUUCUCGCAAAAUUGCCCUCUGGGGCACACUCAGUUCCUAUCUGGAUGGUGUGUCGGAGGUGUUUGAGAUGAGCUCCAACCUUAGCCUAUCAGAGGAGAAGCUGCUAAACGAUGGCUUUGCGUGGUUGCUACGAGCUUGCAGUCAGUCGGAGCUGAACUCUGCCCUCUGCUUCCUACAGGUGGUCCUCGCUCAGCUCAGACGUGUCCAUCAGCGCAGUGUCCAGCAAGCACCCACCUCUGCCUGGCUUCCUACCUCGACCAAUGUGGUGAAAGAGCGCCACCUAGCGGUAGCAGCAGCAUUGUGGACACACUUUUUUCCUUUCCUGCGCAGCUUGCUCCUGUCACAGACCCCUCCAGCACAGCUGGCAGAUGCUGCUGCAGGUUUCACUCUGCUUGCCUUUGAUUUGCCAAGCUCUGCUCCACAAGACCUACAGCCCAACCCAGUCCUGUCAACUAUGCAAUGUUUCGCCUGGGAUGACAUGGUUCACCCAUCUUUGGUGACUCGCUACCUCCCCCAUCUGCUUCAAAACAGUGAUCUGAUGUCGUCACUGUGCGGUGAUGCUGUUGUUGGGGUCUCAGGUUCGGCACAGAGCCUCUCCGUGAGAGCCUGGUUCAGAUGUGUUCUGCAGCAGUACCUUUACAAGAACGCAGAUGGGUCUGACAGCAGAACAGGCCGUGUUUUAGAAGAGCAGUUGUGUGAACUGACCCGGCUCAUACUCAGGCUUCCUGAAGUGGACUCUCUUCUGCAGAAAGCUGGACUUCAGUCCACAGGCACCAGGAUUGAGCCCACCUCAGCUCUGGAGAUGUUCAUCAAGGCGGUGGGCCGGGUGUACAGUGGACUUCAGGUGUUGUCUGAACGUUCCGCGAUGAUGUCCAGAGCUCUGGACUACAUCGGAGAUGUCAUGAAACACAUUAAACCCUCUCUGGUCAUCAAGAAUCCAGAUGGCCUGCAGCUGGCCUACUGGGCUGUAGGCUGCUUAGUGAAGCACUGGAGCCCCCUACUGGCCACAUCGAAAGCCCAGCAGUUACUGUUCCGUAUUGUGGAUGUGUUGUUGCUCCCUCACAACCUCACACAGCAGGAUAAAGCCCUCAGGGACAGCCUUCCUCUGUUCCUACAGGGUUUGUCAGUGGCUUCCAGAGUCUCUCAGUCCCAGGGUUUCUACCUGAAGCAGCAGCUCCGUUCUGUUACCCGCAGAUAUCUGGAUCAUUUCCUUCCUGCCUCUCCAUCCUUGGGUGUCAUAGUCAACCACCCGGUGCUUCUCAGUGCCUGUGAAGUGAGUUCAGUCACCCGAGGGGCAUCGUUGAGGAGAAUCAUUGUGGAGGUUCUCUGUGAAAACUUUCUGCAGUUUAAAGGACAUGCUCCUCCUCCUCGCCUUGCGUCAUCUCUGCUGUUCUUAGUAGAACUUCUGAGAAGAAGUACUGAAUCGGAGCCUGCACUUCUCACUCUGCCCCUCCCUAACCUGCUGCGCUGCUUGAUGCUGGUCAAUGACCCACAGGUGAGGAAGAUAAGCACAGAUGCUCUGCAGCUCAUAGUGGAGAGAUGUGCUGCUGCGUCUACAGAGGGACCAUGUGACCAGAUGAUCUCUGUCUUACGGUCAUUUGUGGAGGAGAAUGAAGGAGUGUAUGACAGGCAGGUAUACAGUGCCCUGGAGACUGUGGCUGUUUUAGAUCCAUCUGUGGUCCAGGCUCUUGUUCCCAACCUGUCUCUGAGCCUGAGAAAUACAGAACACAAGAGGGGACUGGGCAAGAACAUCGCCUUGAGGAAUGCAUAUCGGACACUGCUGUCCCUGCUGGGGGACAGUGGACAGGCAGAAAUAUCCAGUUUGGAAGCUGACUAAAAAUAAAGUUUUACAAAACCUGGUAACAUCCUA